AUGGAUGUCAUCAGCGCAAUUGGUAGCUUCAUUUCUAUCGGACAGGCUCUUGCCGCUAUUCCAAAGAUAAUUGACAUAUUUAGAUCGGUAGUUGAGGCUAGGCAGGAAUUGCUUCAAUUAGUCAACGAUGUGGAACUCCUGAAUUCAUUGGGGAUCUUCAUUAGGGAAACAAUGGACAAUCUAGAUAAUGACUCCAAAGCCAAGUUUCGAAUCCCGCAACUUAGUUUCUUACUAGCCGAACGCGUCCGAGCAGAUCUAGCAUCGAUCGUGCCGCGGCUUGAAGAGCUUGCCCACAAAUGCCAGCAGGGAGGAAAGGGGAAGGGGAAGGGGAAUAGCCAGACGAAAAUCACCAGAUUAAAAUGGUUACACCACAAAAGUCAAAUCGCUUCGUUGAGCGAAAGAGCAAGAAAGAACUGUAACGACCUACAGACUAUAUUGAGCCUGUCUUCUUUUUUUGCUACGACAGCUCAUGGGAGGAUGAUUAUAGAUAUUCACACGGUAGUGAUGAACCAAGCGCACCCUCAUGGAUCCCAGUUAUCCUCACUGCAACCUCCAAGCCAAUCGCGAUACAUUGGCGCAGCAUUAUCUUAUGCUGUUGACACAGAGCUUGAGGGAUCCAAUGAACAUAGCCUGCAAAUGGUUAAAGGCACCUUGCCACAAUUAUCUCCCACCGAGAGGGCACCCCAAGAACCACCGAUCCAACUGGUGGCUACGUUGUCAAGAUCAUGUAAAUACUGUCAAUGCCAAUGCCAUUCACCUACAUCUCGAACCCAGCCGAACCCACUCGUCUCACCCAUAUAUGGCUGGCUCAAAUCCGCCUAUAAUAUCAUUCCACGGGUCGAUACACGGCGUUGCGAUGUAUCUACAUGUCGACGGGCUUGCUCGCCGGUUCGCGUCAAUAUACGCCUUCCACUCCCAUUCUAUUCUAGAAUGCUUGAGGCAACCCUGUCUUUGAACAGUGUCGUUGGCGUUGGCGCCUCGCUUCAUCUACGUGUAGCACGUAUAAUUCCAUUAAAUUCGAGCAUCACUUAUGAAAUACGACUGAAUAAGAUUGAUAUGGUACGCCAGCGGUUUUCUCGCGGAGAAAUUUCCCCUAUUGACGUUUUUGAAGGCACUAUUUGUAUUAUAGAAAUGGCUGCGUAUGAACAUAAACUUGAUAUAUUGGCGCUUCUCUUGCAAGACACGACAUCAAUUCUUCGAGACACAGAUGCCUUAAAACGCUUGGCAGUCUUUGCAAGGGCUCAAUUGCAUCGUUGUCGAGUCUCUGAGAGGGAGAAAACUAUGCUUCAAGGAGUAGUAGCAUUAGAUGAAGAUACGAACGACUACCCAUCACCCAUUCACGAGGCGAUACAACAAGACGGUAAUCUAGCCGCAAUUUUGAGAGAUUCCUCCGAAGGCAUCGACUCGCGUGAUAAUUUUGGUAUAUCACCUUUACAUUUGGCCGUAUUCAACAACAACGUGAACGCGAUUGGACAUUUAUUAUCCCACGGCGCAAAUCCUGAUACCCUCGACGUAUCUUGUUCGACUCCGCUAAUACUAGCCGCAAAAUAUGGGCGUCAUGAUUGUAUCCAAGCUUUGGUCAAUGGCGGAUACGACAUAAAUAUGUCUAGGCCACAUUCUUAUCAUGCAUUCCAUUGCCUCGUUGCAUCCGAGAAAGAAGGUUCGGCAGAGAGCGCUAAAUACCUUUUAGAAAAUGGGGCCAACCUCGCCCGCAAAUCCAAUUUAGGAAAUUUAGCAUUGCAUACACUUGCGCAAUACCCCCAGGCAGCCGAAAUAGCGGAAAAGUUCCAACUACUCGUUCAUGCUGGUUUGAAUGUCGAGGAGCAAAACCGCUAUGGCCGUACACCGCUAGGUGAGGCAUUAUCACAUAAUAAUAUAACUAUGGCUCAUCUACUGAUGAAUGCUGGCUGUAAAUUCAACGACACCUCAGAAGACCGGAAUGACUUGCCAUGGAUCGCACUGUUUGCUCAUGCAGAAACGAUGGGUUUUAUAGGUGAAGCUGAGUUCACAAUAGAUGUGCGAUGGCGAGAUGUCGGCGGCUACACUCCAUUGGACAUGUUCGAAUGGAGGAUGAAUACAUCACCAUUACCUGGCUUAUUUGAAACACCGAGCGACGAUGAUAUCAAGGCAUUUGGGGAGUUGCUUAGCGGCGUGAGGGAUCGCUAUCUAAACGCCGAGAUUCUGACAUUGGAAACAAUAAUCACACAUCUAAAGGAGCACAAUUGCACGCUUGCACGAGAGACCUUGAAAUAUGUCAUCGAAGAGAAAAUAAAGUGGAAUAUUCCAGCGGAGUACCGAACGUUUCGAGCCAUCGAUGUUCAAAUUAAGGAGGAGAUGAUUGAAGCCGCUAUUGAGUCGCUGGAAGAGUUCAUGGAGGUAUCGAGAUCACAUAUCGGGACAGACCCUUUUGAAGAUUACUACUGUAACUCGUACGGUCUUGAAGACCAAGAACUGGUUGCUGGAAACGCCGAUUAG